AUGAAGCUCCAAGUACUCUACUCUCUUGUGGCUGCCAGUCUUGCCUUUGCCGAGCCGAUCGGCAACCCAGGAGCCUUUGUCCAAAGAGAUGUCGAGCAAACCAAGGACAAUUAUAUUCGAUGCUUUUCCCAGUACUUUAUCGGUGGCCUUCAAUAUUGCGGCGGAUACCCCGAUUGUGUGCCGCUUGCGAAUCUUCGCGCUUGCAUGAUAAAGUCGCUUGGAGGAUUCACCGAUACAGCCCCGUCCGAGGAAACCUUGAAGAAGUCCUUUGACACUUGUCGGUCGCAGGUGUCAAAAACAGUGCAAGAAAAUUCCAGUCUGACUUCCCAGGAAAAGGAAACUGUUCUGCAGUCCCUUGGAGACAGACAAGGGGAGGCUCUUAGUUUGAAUAAGUCAUGUGCGCCGGCUCCUAAAUAG